CUUCAGGUGAUCCAGGUGAAGUCUCUCCCGCUCUCAGCUCGGCGCUCCGCUGCAGACCGUCAUGGCUCCAAGACCUCAGGUGGGGACCGUUUCCUCCCCGACUCUCGACGACGAGGCUCCGACUAAAGAUGCCUCCAUCCUGCCGGCUUACUCCACCGUGGACCUGGUGAACCAGGACCAAGAUGAAGACAAUCCCUGGGAUCUCCCCGAGCUCAAAGACACCGGGGUCAAGUGGUCAGAUCUGGAUACAAAAGGGAAGCUCAUGAGGGUGCUGAGCGGUAUUGCGAAGAUCGUGAUGCUGCUCGGACUUCUCUACCUGUUCAUCUGCUCUCUGGAUGUUCUCAGCUCGGCCUUCCAGCUGGUCGGAGGCAAAGUUGCUGGUGACAUCUUCCAGGACAAUGUGAUAUUGUCCAACCCUGUGGCCGGGCUGGUGAUCGGGGUGUUAGUCACAGUGCUGGUGCAGAGCUCCAGCACCUCCUCCUCUAUUGUGGUCAGCAUGGUGUCCUCUGGAUUGCUGGAUGUCCAGUCUGCGGUGCCGAUCAUCAUGGGCGCCAACAUCGGAACGUCGGUCACCAACACGAUCGUGGCGAUGAUGCAGGCUGGAGACCGGAAUGAGUUCCGCAGGGCGUUUGCCGGCGCUACGGUCCACGACUUCUUCAACUGGCUGUCAGUCCUGGUUCUUCUGCCGCUGGAGGUGGCCACGGGCGUUCUGUACAAACUCACCCACCUCAUCAUCCAAUCCUUCAACAUCCAGAGCGGAGAGGACGCCCCCGACCUGCUCAAUGUCAUCACCGACCCGCUCACCAACUCCAUCAUCCAGCUGGAUAAGUCCGUCAUCACCGGCAUCGCCACCGGUGACCCGGCAGCCAGAAACAAGAGUCUGAUUAAAGUAUGGUGCAAAAAGCAGACAAACACGACUUUCUGGAAUGCAACAGUGCAGAAUUGCACUACUGGUGCUGUCUGCUGGGAUGAAGGAAACCUGACCUGGACCGAGAUGAACUCGUCUUUUACCAUCUACCAAGAGAAAUGCAAACACAUCUUCGUCAACGUGAAGUUGCCGGACCUGGCGGUGGGCCUCAUCCUGCUGGCUCUGUCCCUGCUCAUCCUCUGCACCUGCCUCAUCCUCAUCGUCAAGCUGCUCAACUCCAUGCUGCAGGGACAGGUGGCCGUGAUCAUCAAGAAGGUGCUCAACACAGACUUCCCCUUCCCCUUCGCUUGGGUUACCGGCUACAUUGCAAUGUUGGUUGGAGCAGGAAUGACCUUCAUCGUCCAGAGCAGCUCCGUGUUCACCUCGGCUAUAACUCCUCUUGUUGGUAUUGGUGUCAUUAGCCUCGAGAGAGCUUAUCCUCUGACACUGGGGUCAAACAUUGGGACGACAACCACGGCUAUAUUAGCUGCUAUGGCUAGCCCUGGAGAAACGCUAUCCAACUCCCUGCAGAUUGCACUUUGCCAUUUCUUCUUCAACAUCAUGGGCAUCUUGCUGUGGUACCCGAUCCCCUUCACGAGGAUUCCCAUCCGGUUGGCCCGAGGUCUGGGUAACAAAACGGCUGAGUACCGAUGGUUCGCCGCCCUCUACCUCUUCCUGUGCUUCCUGGUCAUGCCUCUGACCGUGUUCGGCCUGUCGCUGGCUGGCUGGCAAGUCCUGGUCGGCGUCGGCGUGCCCGUCAUCGCGUUGAUCUUAUUCGUCAUCAUCGUCAACUUGAUGCAGUCUCGCUGCCGCCGCUUCCUGCCCGGGUGCCUCCAAACCUGGGACUUUUUGCCCCGCCCCCUGCGCUCCAUGGCGCCCUGGGACAAGGUGGUGACCUCCCUCUUUGGCUUCUGCAGCAAACGCUGCUGCUGCUGCUGCAAGUGCUGCAAAAAGGACGAGAAGGUGAGGAAGGACAGCAGGAAGAGUCUGGAGAUGUACGAUAAUGCCGCCAUGACGAGAGACGAGGACACAGCUGUUAAAGCAACGCAGAUGUGA